CUCACUUUCCGUUUUUAGGCUUCAAAACCAGAGGAGAGAGAAAGCAUUACAGAGAGAGAAAUGGGGGCGAUAACGAGCGAGGAAGGAAGUGAUGAUCUGGAGCUUCUUCUCGACCUCCUUGAUCAAUAACCUCUUAAUCUUUUCCCUCAAUUUGUUAUCUGUAGUUAUAUUUUUCGCAAAAUUAGGUUUAUUUUUUGUGAUGUUAGUUCGUUUUUUUCUGUUCGAUUUUGAUAGUGAAAUUAUCGAUUUUGGAUAAGGAGACUGUUAAUUGAGAAUCAGUGGGAAACCAAAAACACAGAAAAAACUCAGAGAGAGAUGACGGAGAAAGAUAGGAGGAAGGGCUGGGAAGGAAGGAGAGCUAAAAAUGGACGAGAAGUACACCCAGUGAAAAUCUUUGCGUGGUUUGAUGCAGCUGCUAUCCCACACAGAUUUUCAAAUGGCUAUCUGCUUAUCGCUGGGAUAACUGAUGUUGUAGCUGUGGUUAGAAUACUUGAUGCAACUCUGGUUGUUUCCUUACUGGACCACAAUUCCUAUUGGAAAGAUGAUAGAUUAUAUUAUAAACCUCUAAACAAUUCCAACAGUUUUGUUCAUUGGUCCCUAAAGGUAAAAAUUGAAUUCAUAAUGCAGGUGCUAGUCACAGUGGGCUGCCACUACUACCUGGUGGUUGCUGCUGCAAUCAAGCGCUCGAUGCUGCUGAAAUCUGUUCUUGCUUGACGACUCUGUUGUUGCUAUUACUUGUGCUUGACGCACGCUGUUGUAUUGUUUAUAUACUCCUAACCAUAACCAUUGUAAAUGUUAUUUUUUUUCGAUGAAAUUGUAACAUCACCAGAAUUUAUAAUACAAAUAUCCAACAUUAUUUAUGUGUAAAUGUUUGUAUCAAGUUUAUUCAGAUAUAAAAUGCAAAAAAAAAAAAGUACAUUCACGGCAACUAUUCUAACAAAAACCAGUACCUUAUUAGUCACACACGAAAAGAAAAAAAAAACAAUAGGGAAAUGAAAUUCUCAACGCUUUUUUGUGUAGAAUUUUUUUGUAUAAAAUCAAAUAAUUAUGGGAAAAAAGUAGAUGAAAAAAUGUCUAUUUAAUUGUGGUUUACAAUUAAAUAAUGAGUCCAUUCGAUUUCUGAGAAUUCUCAAAAGCAGGGUCGCAUCUUGGAUAAAGAAACACCUGUUAAGUGAACAUUGAAUAUUUCAAUCG